AUUCUAUCGGCUUUUGACAGGAAAUUUCCCAGUCCGAACGGGCGUAAGGCAAAUGUAUGGAAAGCGUACCUGACAAGAGUUUUAUUAUGGGAGGAGCAGUUUACCUUACUGGCGUACGGAGAGCCGAAAUCACUAUCCCUAGAAUUGAAGAUGUCUGCCCUCCCAUUCCCGGCACUUACGCCACCGUCGGCAUCCGAGACGGCCCUGGCGCCAUACGAAGUUCGCUUUCGUCAUCCAGCAUACCCGACUGACACGCCACCGCUACUUUUACUGUCAGCAGCCGACGGAAUCGGGAUUGAGUACGACUUGGCGGUUAUAUCCUGCUGUAUCAUUUGCGCGACCGAGUGGGACAAGGGCAAAUUGGCCACUAAAACUGCGGAUGACACAAUGGAAACAGUGUCGCGGCCGUCGGACGGGAUCCUGCGCGGGCGCGAGUACUUUUUCUGUAUUGAUGGGCUCGAAUCAUUCCUAGACAAGUACCCCGUCGUUCCUUCUUUCCACAACUGGCGUUUUCCACACGAUAAUUUACCUCCAAUUUGGUCACAAUUGCAACUUCCCGAUUACAUUCCACCACCUUCAUUCAGGGGACGGAUGGCUGUUAAAGAGAGGGAUAGGAGCUGUCGCGUAUCUGGUUUUGAAGACGCCACGGAACAAGCACAUCUUGUUCCGGCACAGGAAAGAAAUUGGUUUAUUUCAAACGGGAUGGAGAGAUACUGUCGUUUUCCCACAGCCGUCUCGACGAUGGAUGACGACAGAAAUAUGCUCCUCUUGCGGCGGGAUGUGCACUAUCUCUUUGAUGGACGUCGGAUUGCGUUUGUGCCAAAGCAAUUUAUGUCCCAGCCUAUUCAACUGAUUGGGCAUGUGUUGGAGCCGCUCAAUUCGAUGCAAUUGGUCCACAUGUAUCACAAUCGCAAUCCGCAAGCCAUUCGAGGAGUAAGUAGGGAAUUUGCUUUCGCCCGGUUCGCCUGGGCCCUGUUCACAGAUGAACGGAUCAAGUUUUUCGGGUCUCCCCGUCUUUACAAGGUUCUCGUGUGGGAUUCUGAGCAGGGUAGAACAGAGACGCGCGACAUUGAGGGCGCGGUAGUUCGUUCAGUAGCCGUUGUGUUCGAUUCAUCCAAGCGGUCACAAAGUCGAAGUGUGAGUCCCAAAAAAAGGUCAUUUGCCCAAGCUUUCGGGUGGGGUAUCGAGGAUAGUGAUGAGGAUGGAGUUAGCCCUGAGUCCGGGGAGGCAACACAGCCGCAGACAUUUGGGUGGGGGCAAUCGGCCGAAGAUCAGUGCAGGGGCCGCACGCCAUUUCGACGGGUAAGACAAGGGAGAAAGCAUAGUUUUGGGGACAUUUCCGACGGACUUUCUUCGGUAUCGUCUUCGCAGGUCGAAACUGACAUUCCCGUCACCCCGGAGAACAAACAAGCGCAUGGUGUCGAUCGGCCGAAACGUGCCAGAAAGACACCCGUUACCUCGGACACAACCAAAUCUCACUUUUCUGAUAUAUGA